AUGUCGUCUCCAAUAUUUUGGUUCCUGAAGGAACCUAUGUGCCAUAAUGUCAAGAUCAGCAAUACUAUCAGCCUUAAUCACCUACACCCAAGCAAGUGGAGAAUUCUCGAAGUCCUCCAUGAACACGACUCCCAGAAGUACGAAGGUGCAGAAGAUCCCUCUUAUGCCUCUAUUCAGCUAACCUGCGCAGAAGUCGGUGGCUCUAGCAGACGGGCAUUUAUGCGUAUCGUUAUGCAAAUUCCUUUUUCCAAAACGGAGCAUGAGGACUCGGCAGUUCGGGGGAAGCAAGCCACCUCAACGACAUUCAGGACACCGGGGUUCCUCGCCUUUAUGACCUUCGCCAAAAAUGCCUCAACAGUUACACCUCGUUUUCUUGGAUACCGCGAUGAUCGGCAGGGCAGCUCAGGACCAGUCCCUGGUGGCUUCAUUACUUAUUAUGCCUGGGAGGUUGUCCCUGGAAAACCUCUAGGUGACUACACCGGGGACGCUAAUGAGUUCUGGACCUUGGACAAGGAUGAGCGAGAUAAAAUCCGCUCUGCCUUCAAGGAUACUUUUUUGAAACUUACAUCGAUGGGCAUCUUGCCGGACUGUCCCGGUCCCUCAAAUCUCGUCUGGGACUCAGAUACUGAAACUCUCACCUGGGUAGGGUUUUGGGAUUGCGAGGAUAUCAAGCCAAUGCCCUGGAAAGAGCAGUGGUUGCCUGCCUUCGAUCUCGUUCAUGUGCCGAAUAAUACUUGGGUUGACUCGUCUUGGCCUGGCAGUACUUUGGCACUCGAUACUUCGGAGUGGGAGUAUUAA